UUCUUUCUUUCUUCCUUUCUUUCUCAGACAACCUAUCCCCCCCUUUUUCACCUUCAUUCCCUCAUCUUUUUUCAUCCUUUCAUCCCUCUCUUCUCUCUGCUCUUUUUCCUUUUCUUUUUUCUUUCUUUCCUUCCAUCUCUUCCUCCUCUGUUGCUCAUUCUUUCUCUCUCUCCCCCCUCUCUUUAUUUAACAGAAGCACAAAGCCCACCCUCUCUCUCUCUCUCUCUCUCUCUCUUUCUCCCUCUCUCUCUCUCUCUCUCUCUCUCUCUUUCUUUCUCUGUCCCUCCCUCUGCUCUUCCUUUACGUUCUCCCUCCCUCCCUCCUUCCAUCUUUCCUGUAUUUCCCUCUCCGGUUCAGUCAGUCAAAAAAGAGGCACACGGGAGAACUCAAGGGGGUACGGCAGAGAGAGAGAGUGAGAGAGAGGAGAGAGAGUGAGAGAGAGAGAGAGAGAGAGAGAGAGAGAGGGAGAAAGAGAGAGGGAGCAGGAAGGGUAGGAAGGGCAGAGGGUGAAGGGGGGAUCGGGGUGUUGGAUUUGCCCCCACCUGGUUUCUCUCUACCAUGGACUGCCUCUGCAUCGUAACCACAAAGAAGUACAGGUAUCAGGAUGAGGAGACUCCGCCCCUGGAGCAUAGCCCCGCCCACUUGGCCCACAGUAAAAGCGCUGAGAUGCUGCACAUGAGCGACAAGAACCUGGCUGCUAUGGACACCAUGCACGGCUACGCACCUCACACACACAUCUCUCCUGUGAAGCCCGUGUUGCUCUCGGCCGGUCACACGCCGCUCUACACCUCCGCCGUCUCCACGCUGGCAAAUUCUCCACCAGUGGUAGUAAACACAGAUACACUCGAUGGUUCACCUUACGUUAACGGGACAGAGGGAGAGAUUGAGUAUGAAGAGAUCACGUUGGAAAGAGGGAACUCGGGUCUGGGCUUCAGUAUAGCAGGUGGUACAGAUAAUCCUCAUGUAGGAGAUGAUCCGAGUAUCUUCAUCACCAAAAUCAUCCCGGGAGGAGCAGCGGCUCAGGAUGGGAGACUGAGGGUGAACGACAGCAUCCUGUUUGUGAACGAUGCUGAUGUGCGUGAGGUGAGUCACAGUCAGGCUGUCGAGGCUCUGAAGGAAGCGGGAGCCAUCGUCCGUCUCUACGUCCUGCGCAGGAAACCCGUCGCCGAGAAGGUCACCGAGAUCAAACUCAUCAAAGGACCCAAAGGUCUGGGGUUCAGUAUAGCGGGUGGUGUUGGUAAUCAGCACAUUCCCGGUGAUAACAGCAUCUACGUCACUAAAAUAAUCGAAGGCGGAGCGGCGCAUAAAGAUGGACGCCUGCAGAUCGGAGACAAAAUACUCGCUGUGAAUAACGUGUGUUUAGAGGACGUGAUGCACGAGGAUGCGGUCGGAGCGCUGAAGAACACGGCGGAUGUCGUAUACCUCAGAGUGGCCAAACCCAACAACCUGUACCUUACACACACCAACAGCUACAACCCUCCUGACCUCACCAGCAGUGAGUCGUACUCCUCUCACCUGGACACCGAUCUCGGUCACCCCAACUUCCUGGGCUCGGAUUACCCACAAGCCCUCACUCCGACGUCCCCCAGCCGCUUCUCGCCGGUGCUGCACGGCAUGCUGGGAGACGACGACGUGCCCAGAGAUCCGAGGCGUGUGCUGAUCCACAGAGGGUCCACGGGUCUGGGCUUUAACAUCGUCGGGGGUGAGGACGGAGAGGGAAUCUUCAUCUCCUUCAUCCUGGCUGGAGGACCAGCGGAUCUGAGCGGAGAACUGCGCAAAGGAGACCAGAUACUGAGUGUGAACGGUGUUGAUUUACGAGCUGCGACACAUGAACAAGCCGCGGCGGCGCUAAAAAACGCGGGACAGACUGUGACCAUCAUCGCGCAGUACAGACCUGAAGAAUACAGUCGGUUUGAGGCUAAGAUCCACGAUUUGAGAGAGCAGCUGAUGAACAGCAGUUUGGGUUCGGGAACCACAACGCUGAGGAGUAACCCGAAACGAGGCUUCUACAUCAGAGCUCUGUAUGAUUAUGAUAAGACAGCGGAUGGCGGGUUCCUCACUCAGGCCGUGAGUUUCCGUUUCGGUGACAUUCUCCACGUGCUGGACUGCAGCGAUGAGGAGUGGUGGCAGGCGCGAAGAGUCGGACCUCAAGGGGACAACGAGGACAUCGGCUUCAUUCCCAGCAAGAGGAGGGUCGAGAGAAAAGAGUGGUCCCGUCUGAAGUCAAAAGAACGGGAUCGCAGUCGAGACAGUUUAGGAUCUCAAGGAAGAGACGAAUCGGCGCACAGUUACGAGACGGUGACACAAGUGGAAGUUCACUACGCGAGGCCCAUCAUCAUCCUCGGCCCGGUGAAGGACAGAGUGAACGACGAUCUGCUCUCUGAGUUUCCAGACAAGUUCGGUUCCUGUGUUCCGCAUACGACGCGGCCGAAGCGGGAGUACGAGGUGGACGGCAGAGAUUAUCACUUUGUGUCGUCACGGGAACAGAUGGAGAAAGACAUCCAGAGCCAUCGAUUCAUCGAGGCGGGACAAUACAACAGUCACCUGUACGGCACGAGUGUACAGAGCGUCAGGGAGGUGGCCGAACAGCAGGGUAAACACUGUAUCCUGGACGUGUCGGCGAACGCUAUCCGUAGACUCCAGGCUGCGCAGCUUCACCCCAUCGCCAUCUUCGUUCGGCCCAAAUCACUCGAGAACGUUCUGGAAAUUAACACAAGGCUGACGGAGGAACAGGCACGGAAAGGCUUCGAUCGGGCGGUGAAACUGGAGCAGGACUUCCUCGAGUGUUUCUCAGCCGUGGUGGAGGGCGACAGUUUCGAGGAGGUCUAUCACAAGGUGAAGACGGUGAUCGAGGAGCAGUCCGGUCCCUUCAUCUGGAUCCCCACCCGAGAGCGACUGUGAGAAAAACGAGAGAAACCGGACAGAGAGAGAGAGAGAUAGAGAGAGACAGAGAGGGAAUUCUGGGAAUUAUGUGUGGAAAAGCACAGGGAAAAUCCACACAUCCCUUCAUCUGUCACUCUUUCCUCCUCUUCUAAUCUAUCAACAUCCCAGUCUCUCUCUCUCUCUCUCUCUCUCUCUUUCUCUCUCUCUCUCUCUCUCUGUCUCUCUCUCUCGUGCACAGGGCUGUUUUUACUCAUGAACAGAAACACCACCGAGCGAUUAAACUCCUCCUUCCUCUGUUUUUUUUACUGUCGGACUCCUUCCUUCUCCUUCAGGAGCGAGUGAUGAGGUGAGCGACGGAGGGAGGAAGAGGCUUUAAUAUUAACUAGAAAAGAGAAGGACGGAUGGACGGAACGUAUAUUUAAUAUUUAAUAAACAAUAACAAUCUGCGCUAUUAGACGUACUGUGACUUCCGGGCGAGUUGAAGUGCCGAUGAAGGCCAAGAGAAACUUCUAGAUUUCUGCAUGCGUCCAUAACGACACAGAGAGGGACGGGGUGAGGAGGAAGAGGAGGAGCUUCAGUCUCUAUGUCACUUCCUGUUUUAACUGAAACGAAAGAUGAAAUGAGAGAAAGACGAGAACUUUUAUCAGUUUGUCUGAUCUUUGUCUUGCUGCACAGAAUUCAAAGCCACACGCAACGCUAUGGGCUACGUUUUCCUCAAAUAUACACACACACACACACACACACACACACACACACACACACAAAGAGAUGUUUAGUGAAGUUCAUUAAUUUUUUGUUCUUAGUUUGUUUUUUUGUUUUUUGAAUUACGCACUUCUCAGAUGCUGAACAAUAAUGAGCGCGUAAUACACACACACACACACACACACACACACACACUAACAUUAGUACAGAGCAGGGGGUCGAUGAUUAAACAGAUUCACUUAAAGAGUUUCUUUAACUUCUAUUUUCUCACAAAACUCUGCAAAGUUUUAGAAAGCUGCUUUGUUAUUCAGCCAUAUUUUUUUUUGUGUUUAGCUCCGCCCACUUUCGUUUGAUUGACACUUUAUUACAGAAUCAACAAGCGAGUAAAAACUGCACUGCUUCUGAUCCUCAGUGUUCUCUAGCUUGUGAAUGUCUCUCAUUUUCCUUUUGUCUGUUAAUUUUCUCCACCAAAAUAUCACAAGCUGAACACAGCAGUGAGUCGUUUGGGAGUCGACUCUUCUCGGUGAGCUGAGUCAAAUGAACUGACUCACUGAAAAGAUUCGGAAUUCCCAUCACUAGUGUGUACAGCUUCUCAAAUUGUGUUCCUCGUGUGUGUGUGUGUGUGUGUGUGUGUGUGUGUGUGUGUGUUAAAUUUUAUGACUCACUACAUGAUGGACGCUUGUUGAUUUUAUUUCUGGUUGCCAUGGUUUCUUUUUGUGUGCCGACACACGAAUCAUAUUUUUAUUCAAAACACAAUAAAGCAGUUUUUUUUUAAUCUGUUUAUAAUUUUAAACCAGUAAAUUAGCGAUAUCCAAUCUAUAUUUUUAGAGUGUUUAAGUGUUUAAGAAAGACAAGAAAACCAAAGAUAUUGAAGUAAAAGUUCAGAAUCAUCUGCUUCAGCUUAAAAAAAAUCUAAGCUAGUUAGCUAAAAAUGAUAAACUAUCUAGCUAAAUAUUAGCAUAAUUAGGAAAUUAGCCUUACUGAAAAUCAGCUAGCUAAAAUCUGACCUUUCUAGAAAUGUAGCUAGCUUCAAAUCAGAUUAUAAAAAUAGCUAGUUCUAAGCUGUUCUAUCAAACUUAACUAGCUGAAGUAAAGAUAAAAUUAAUGAGCGAUGCUCGCUGAAGUUUCUUUCAACUUUUCAUCAGGAGGAGGUUAAUUUUAGUUAAGUAGGCUAGCUAAGCUGUUAGCACCGAAGCUAAAGGGGAGUAUGCACUUCUCUGUUCUCAUGUUCUCGCGUGUGUAUGUGUGUGUGUGUGUGUGUGUGUGUGUGUGUGUGUGUGUGUGUGCACUCAUUAAUCAAGCGAAGGACUGACCUCCAUUUGCACUUCAUAAUAAUAAUAAUUUUUAAAAAAAAAGGUUUUAGUGAAAUUAAAACACAACCGUAAACCACAAGCAUCAGCAUUUUUUUUUUCAAAGUUUGUUUUUAUUUAUUUUAGAUAUUUUAAAUUGGAUUUUUGAAGUGUGUAUUCUGAGUGCAGUGACAGUUCAUGGUGCCACUUAUUACUAGAAUUAUUAUAAUAAUUAUUAUAGUUAUUAUUAUUAUAGUUAUUAUUUAUGGAUUUUUCACAUUUUGGUUUCUGGUCUGUUUAUUUAUUUGUUUGUUUGUUUCUUUGUAUUUAUGUGUUUAUUAGAUGGAAUGGACAGAUGCAUUGCUGUGUCACUUUAUAUAAAAAAAAAACAAGGGGCUGUGCGCAAUCAAAUGAUAAAUAAUAAACACACACACACACACACACACACACACACACAGAUCAUAAUAAAAGUCUUUAUAAAACACAUAUCA